UCUCUCUCCUCCCUUCUUCUUCCCCCAAACUUCUCCGACGGGCCACCGUCGCGGCAGCACCGUGCUCCUUCCAAUUCUCUCCGCAGCAACCUCCUCCGUCCGGUGACUUCCCCCUCGGCGGAAUCGACCUCCAGGCGCCGUAACACCGAACCAUCGGCUUGUAACAUCUUCACUAUACCAGCUCUGUGGUAAUCACUCAUCCGUAGAUAAAACAGUAUGCAGGCAUCUAGAGCAAGGCUUUUCAAGGAGUACAAGGAGGUACAGCGAGAGAAGUCAGCUGACCCUGAUAUCCAAUUAAUCUGUGAUGAUUCAAACAUAUUCAAGUGGACUGCUCUUAUCAAGGGCCCUUCUGAAACACCUUUUGAAGGUGGUGUUUUCCAACUUGCGUUUUCAAUUCCAGAGCAGUACCCUCUGCUGCCUCCACAAGUUCGAUUUCUGACCAAAAUUUUCCACCCAAAUGUGCAUUUCAAGACUGGUGAAAUUUGCCUGGAUAUUUUGAAGAAUGCAUGGAGCCCUGCAUGGACCCUUCAGUCUGUUUGCAGAGCAAUAAUUGCUCUGAUGGCCCAUCCUGAACCAGACAGCCCACUUAACUGUGAUUCAGGCAAUCUCCUAAGAUCGGGUGAUAUCCGAGGCUAUCAAUCAAUGGCCCGCAUGUAUACAAGGUUGGCGGCCAUGCCAAAGAAAGGUUAGCUGCUCAAGUGCUAAGGAGACACGCUCCAAGCUAGGAACGCAGGCCAAUUCAUGUACAAGUACAAAUUGCCAGGUUCCCCCUUGUGCUGUCUGUGUUUGAACUUGUGCUUUUUUUUCCUUGACACUCUUAUGCGUGAUUCAGAGUGAAAGGGAGAAAAUCCGGGUUUCCGAUGUGUAGUCUGUGAUGUAAUGAUGUAAUAAGUCCUGGAAUUCGGCAGGUGCCACCCCUAAUUUUCCUUCAUUACUUACUGUUUCAAUCAGUUUGUGCUGCGCGCACUCCGAAGGUCUCUUGUUC